ACUUAUUUCCCUUUUCGGUUUACAGAAAAUAAAAGAACACCAUAACUUUCUUCUGCAGAUUUGUCUGGUAUCUUGGUGUUCCCAGUGGAAUCUGCAGAGCAGAAGCUCAUCGGGAUCAACAGCCGCAGCCGCAGACAUAUAAACUUUCAUGGGGAUUAGCAAGAAACAGAAUUAUGCGCAGUAGAGAAAGAAAAUGGGAAUGAAGAGCAAUGGAGGAGAUAAUAUUUUAAACUUUAAUGGAGGUAAUAUUCUUCGUUCCACUGCUAAAAAAGAUCGCCAUAGCAAGAUCCUCACUUCCAAAGGUCCUAAAGAUCGUAGGGUAAGAUUAUCAGCUCACACCGCCAUUCAAUUCUACGAUGUUCAAGACCGACUUGGCUAUGACCGACCCAGUAAAGCUGUUGAUUGGCUUAUCAACAAGGCUAAAUCCGCCAUUGAUAAACUCAACCAGUUACCCCCUCAAGAAAACCAUUCUGAAUCGCCUGGAUACAAUCCUGCCUCAACCAUCAAUUUUCAAAGCUACCCACAAGAUAUAAUCAUCUCAACAAACCCUAACCGGACCCAAGAUCUUGGUCUAUCUCUUCAAUCCUUUCAAAACUCUCCCCUAAAUACAAGCCAUAUCUCUUCAACUGAUCAGACCCAGUUUUUAAAUUCAGCUCCGGUGGGGUUCGUUUCAAAUUUCCAGAGAUCAAUGGUGGGAUGGAGCAGUACCUCGCCAUUGCCAGCUUCGCAGCGAGAAAUAUUCGGCCAAGGUCUAACCAGUUUCCCGCAAUCUGGUGAUGAUAUGCCAAUUGGGUCCGCCAUUGUUGGGACUAGAUAUGUCUCAGACGGGUUGCCAGCCUUUCAUUUUCCAUUUUUAAUUCAUGGGGAGGAGGAAAGUGGUGGUGUUUCAGAUACACCAUCUUCUUCCCCUCCUGAUUCAAACCAUUAACGGGGCUACUGUUUCGUCUUCUCAUCAGGUACUUUCUCCAUUUUUACUGAAACUAAUGAUUUGAACCUCACUUUCUAUGAAGUAAAAAUGCGUACUUUCUUCAAGGAUUCUAGCCAGAUGAUCAUCCAGAAGAUGAAAUGCAGAGGAAAGAUUAUAAUUUAAUCAUGUAAUCAUCUUUUUCGUUAUAUCUAUACAUAUAUAUAUAUAUGUAUACUCAGUUUGAUAUCUCUGUAUUAAGUUGAGCUCUGCAAUUCAACUUUUGUUUGUUUAUUGACUAAUUAUUUCUGUUGUUAGACUUGGAUUUCC